AUGGCAGGCAACGUCACACAUUACCGCGAGGAGCGAUCUUCCCCUUUCGAACGCGCAUUUCCCAGCGCCAACUGGGAAGCCGCUGAAGCGGAAUGCAUGAGCCUGCCGACCUUGAAAUAUCGGGUCGACUUCCUGACCAGGAAUUUCCCCGGAAUCGUCCGGAUCGCGUGUCUCCCCAAAGACGAACCCAUUCAAUCCCACGUACGGAGAGUGAGGAAGGCGUUUGCCAAGAUUAUCAGCCACCCUCAGAAUUUUGACAAGACUGGUGCGGAUUUGGGGCUCACAGGCGUGCCCCCCAUCCUCCUUGAUGGUUUCCUGACGAGAUACGGCGUUACCAGCAGCGCCAUUACCAUGGGGGAAUUAAACGACAUCUCCGGCAAGCCUGAAAAGCAUGGUUCUGCCGUUUGUGGAGGGGCUACAGUGUACUACUUGACGUGGAUGAUGCCGUCGCGAGACGGCGACGUGGCCGCUAUGCAUAUAGACAACCUCGUCGUGCCCGAUGAUGACCGAGAUUCGGUAUUUGUCACGAGCACUUCCGUCGCCUAUCCAGAAGAGGCCUUUCCGGAAGAACGGAAACAUAUUAUGGCCGAGCUCAAAGUGACACAACUUGGGGUCGCGGCAUCCGGCGCCGCGGAGCACGAGGAAGCCCUGAGCAAGCGUCUCCUCGCCGAUGACGGUCGCGUUUGGGGCACCGACCUCGUCACAGCCCUUCUUGAGAAGGACCAAAUUUGCUACAGCUCCCCUGAGCUGAUCUCUCAAUCUCGCGCAGAGGGCCUCAAACAAAUCUCUAACGAGGCCCAGUUCUACCCCAUUUUCCAAUUACGAAUGGCGCACGCCAUCAAGAUCAAUCAGGCCGAACACGGUGCUUUAAGGACAUUAAAACAUCUCAACAGCGUUUCGACGAGCCGAGGGCAAAUGUUAACCGUAGGGCGCGGAACGCCGGAAAAUUCGUGCGCGGCCCACUUGUUACGAUCAAGGUAUCGGGGUAGCCUGUUCUUAGGGUAA